CGUGCUGAGUUUCACCGGAGCUUGUAUAUGGCUAAAAGUUACGGAAGAGAAGAUGGCACUUGAAGAAGGAAAAAUCUGUCGGCUUAUGCCGGAUUAUUGACCUUGGUGACAAUGGCUUCAGAAGCUCCAAGUUGUAGGAUUGAAAUCAUUUACUAAUGGUGCUGGAAGUAGUACAGGGUGAUGUAAUUUCCUCAAUUUUCGAUAUCGAUGUUUCUCUGGAGGUGUUGGGAUCAUUCCAUGGAGGAGUAUAGUAACCAGCUGAGCGCUCAACUCCACUUUUUCAUGCCAUCAUUCUUCUAGGGGCUUGGAGGGUUGCAGUUUGUCUAUAUCUCUGCGCACUCACUAAUCAGGCCAUUCAUAGGAGGUCCAAGACGAUUUAGAUCUUUGUGCAAUAGAAUAUUGCUAUUCCUCAAUAGUUUUGCAUCGGCAUUCGAAUUGAAAAUCAUCGACUUGAUCGGGCUAUCUAGGGAGUAUUUUGUUUCUUGCUUUGUGGAUUCCUUUAAAGAAAAGCAAGCGAUCUGUGCCUCGAGGUUUGAUUAUGGAGGAUGAAACAAUUAUUGCUCACAAACCAUCUGCUUCUUCCUCGCUGAACCCUUCUCGGAUAAUCUGUCAUGUAUGUCAGAAGCAGUUUUCACAGUACACAUGCCCUCGAUGUAAUUCGCGAUACUGUUCCCUCCAAUGCUACAAAUCUCACAGUCUCCGUUGUACUGAAUCAUUCAUGCAAGAAAAUGUAGUUCAGGAGCUUCAGCAAAUGCAGCGUGAUGAUGAAACCAAACGUAAAAUGCUAGACAUACUGAAAAGAUAUCAUUCUGAAGAGGAAUCUGAUAGCAUGGAUGAGGAUUGUCCAACUCUGUCCGAGGAGAUUGUAGAGAAGGUUUUGUCUGGAGGUGAAGUCAGUUUUGAUGAUUUAUCCGCGGAAGAGAAGAAGCGGUUUCAAAGAGCUAUUGCAUCAGGGGAAUUGAGCAAGAUGUUUAAACCUUGGGAUCCAUGGUGGUUUAAGCUUUCUGCCAGAAACAUCUCUUUGAGCAAGGAAGGAGCUCAACUUGUUCAACCCCUUUCAGAGGAGAAGGAAGAUGUCCUUGGAAGUAAUGAAUGCAGCGACAUCCCUCCUGGCCCUGAAGCCCCACUUCCUCCAGUUAGCAGUCUUAGUUCAAGAGAGCCAUCGCCUCUUUUAACUGUUCACCUGCUUGAUAUUUUGUAUAGCUACUGCUUCACUCUUCGGCUGUACAAUGGAGACUGGAGGUCAGAUGCUUUAGGGUCAGCAAUGGUUGCAUUGAGUGUUUCCUCUGUCUUGGGUCAAGGUGAGCAGCCGGGGAGUGUACUUGAAGCUCUCUCUCAUUGUUUGGAGCAGGUGUGCUCUCCAGCUUAUAGACACAUGGGAGGGCUACAAUUCGGUUUGAAUCUUAUUGACGAUGUGAUAAGUUUACUUUCAUUGGGCAGUUCAGCUUUGUUGUGUGCCCUUUCUGAUAUGAACCGGCUGAUUCAGUCAGGGGAAAAGGAGCUCAAAUCAAGUAAGCCCAGAAAGCAGAGGAGGGAUGAAAUUAGAAGUAAUCUUAAAAUGGCACAAAGGAAAAUAUAUUUCACCAUGUGUUGGGUCCAUGAGCAGCAUGAGGAAGCUUGGUCUUCCUUGGCUGCCAUUGUGAGAGCAGAAAAGGCAUCAGUCAUGGAGUUUGAAUGGAGUAACAGUGGGGAAGGAUUGAAAAGUAAGGCGAAAACCAAGAGCAAAUGUUUGAUUGAGGAGUUAAAAUGACUGGGUUUGGCAGAUUGCCGCCCAAUUCCCUUCUCUUUCUUUCCUAUUUCCCCGUAUUUAGUAUUUAGAGGAUGCUGGUUAUUUUACGCAUAACCGUUGUAAAUACUUACUUGGAAAAAUCAUAUGAGAGGUACCUAUACUUUUUUUUAAUUUU